CAAACCUGUAAACCAAAAAUUCCAUAGCAGCAUGCUAAACACAGCAGUGGUGGUAUAUAAAAUAUGUACGGAGGGAAUAAGGAAGGGCUGAGGAACUGUAGAGGGGGAGUCCGGUAAAGGGUCCUGAAGCAGAUGCUGUCGCUGAAUUAUGGAAAACAGGAGUUCCUACAGAGAGAAAAAGAGAGAAAGGACAUUUUAGAUAACAGGAAGCAUUACAUGCAAAGCCAAAUAAACAGGAAGUUGCUAGUUCCAGGUUCUGCCAUUAACUGACUUUAUUUACCUUUAUGGAAUUUCCCCAAGUCCCUCCAGCUUCCAGUUCUCUCAUAUUAGAAAAUGAAGUUGGGGGAGGGGGGGGAGGCAACAUAGAUUUCCUCUAAGGGGCUUUCUAACGGGUACCUCCCCACUGAAGCAGAGAGAAAAGGGUAGCGUUGGAAACAUCACGUGCUAUUUUUAGGGUAUGAGCCAGAGGCCCCAUCUUUUGUGACAAAAGAUGAUCGUCUGCAGUCGUCCGGGAAGUUUUGCUUAAUUCACCCACUUCACCAGUAUUUAUGGCAUUGACUGAGCCAGGCUGUAUGCUAGUAAGGAGGUCACCAUCCAGCAGAGGGAGACGUGUAAUAAGUACACGAAUACCAUGGAAACCAUAUUGGUCGGCUCAUGGCGGGUGCGUGGAAGCAGUAAAAUAGAAGAACCUAGGGCAUGUCCCUGUGCAGGGUGACAGGAUUUAGCUCCUACCAAAAAAGGAACUUCCUGCUUCCUCAUCCUGUUUCACCUUCUCCAACAGGCCGCUAGCAUUUUCCACCACCACAAGUUCUCCCUGGGCAGGGCGACCAGGCGUCCUCUCUUCACCUGCAACCUUUUCCAGGCCUGUGUAAGGGGCUCCAUGCACGCAGAGUGGAUGCAGGUCCCAAGACUGACCGGAGGGUCACACCCAAGCACCCACUGCAGGGGCCCCAGCGGCGGCGGGCAGGGGUGACUUGGAAGGCGGGCUGUCUCCUGGCUCCAGGGGUUGGGCCCUAGGCCGGCUGGGCGGGACUCAGGCUGCCAGUAUAAGACAGGAGCGCCACUGUCCUGGCCAGAGUGCUGAAGCUGGCGCCCCAGCCAGGACCGCGAGGCAGCCGACCCUGAACUUGCAACUCUUGACCCACAGUGACUGAAGAAGAAGGAAAGGAGGGCCUCCUGCCACCACUCUCAGCUUCAGCCUCGGAGGAUGCGGCUCCUCGGGAGACUCCGCGCCUCCACUCCGGAGCCCGCUUUCUCCAACGUGCUCACUCCGGACCGCAUCCCCGAGUUCUGCAUCCCGCCGCGGCUGCCCGCGUCCUGCGCGCCCGAGUCUCCGCCUCCGGCCGCCGCUCUGCCCCGGCGCUGCGCAGCCGAGCCGGACCUGUGGCCCAGAGGAGCCGACGACAGCGCGGGGCACACGGACUGGGACCCGCGCUCGCAGGCAGCCCUAUCGCUGCCGCACCUGCCACGCGCGCUCACCGCCUACGGGUUCUGCGCGCUGCUCGAGAGCCCGCACACCCGCCGCAAGGAGUCGCUCUUCUUCGGGGGCCCUGCAGCCGCCCCGCUCGUGCCCCGGGACUCGGCUCCGGCCUCCGCCCCCGCGCUCCCCGCGGGCCUCCGCCCCACCCCGGACGCGCCCGCCCCGCCGCCCUGCGCUCGCCGCCUCCUGCGCGCCCCCGAACGGCUGCUGACCCGCGCGCUGCGGGCCCGGACGAGCCGAGGCCUGGUCCGCGCCCCCUCCGUGUCCAGCGGGGACGGCGACGAGGACGAGGAGCGCGGCGCCGUCUCGGGGCCCCCUUCCCAGGCCCCCUCCGCGUCCCCGCCGCAGCCGCCCUGCCCCGGCCCGCGUCCCGAGCGCCUGGAGGCCGAGGGCACCGUGGCCCUGGGCCGCGCCGGGGGCGCCCUGCGCCUGGCCGCCGAGUACAGUCGGGCCAACGGGCGGCUCCGCGUCCGGCUGCUGGGCACCGAGGGCCUGGCCGCGGGAGCCGCCGACCCCCCCGCCGUCGGCUGCCGCGUCAGCUUCGUCCUGCGGCCGCCGGGCCAGCCGCGCUCGCAGCGCAGCGCCGUGGUCCGGCGGAGCCGCAAGGCCGCCUUCCACCAGGACGUGUGCUUGGACGGGCUCUCGGAGGAGCAGGUGCGCCGCCUGGCCGUGCGCGUCAAGGCGGAGCAGCGGGGUCGCGGCCUGGAGCGGGGCCGCCCGCUGGGCCAGGGCGAGCUGCUGCUGGGCUCCCUGCUGCUGCCCUGAGGGCGCCCGGGGCUCAGACCGCCCCCUCGGGGCGCCCUCGGACCGCUGGCAACUCGGACACCGACAGCCGCUUCGGACAAAAUAAACGUUAUUUAUUCAUUUUUCAA